AUGGAGUGGGCAGUCUCAGAAAGCAGCAGCAUGUCCCAGAUGCUGGCAGGGUUGAAUAGAGGAGGAAGAACCUCUUACCAGAAUUGCUGCAGAAGAAUCUCGGCUUUGAGCCUGCCGCUUUCUGAAACGGCCGAGCAGUCGGACCAGACCGUCAAGUACUACACCCUGGAAGAGAUCCAGAAGCACAACCACAGCAAGAGCACCUGGUUGAUCCUGCACCACAAGGUGUACGAUUUGACCAAGUUUUUGGAGGAGCAUCCUGGUGGGGAAGAAGUAUUAAGGGAACAAGCUGGAGGGGAUGCUACUGAAAAUUUCGAGGAUGUGGGGCACUCUACAGAUGCCAGAGAAUUGUCCAAAACAUUCAUCAUUGGGGAACUUCAUCCGGAUGACAGAGCAAAGAUAAACAAGCCUUCGGAAACUCUCAUUACUACUGUUGAUUCUAAUUCCAGCUGGUGGACCAACUGGGUGAUCCCAGCCAUCUCAGCACUGAUGUAUCACUUCUACACAGCGGAAGAUUAAACACGUUCUCAGAAGCCAAUGAAAGAAAAGACUGCUUUGGACCGGAGAGAAAGAAGCCAAUGCUAACUGCUUCAACUGACAGAAACUUUCACCCCAAAAAUAAUUUUAAUACACCAGUUUCCCUUUCUCCUACUUUGAAUCAAAUCAAAAGAGAACUCUUCUGUUCUUUCUACUCCUGA